UUGCUAUUGUCACAGAAAAUUGCAACAAUGGUUUCAUCAACACCACAACUAUGCAAUAACCUCCAUUUUGUGUUCAUCCCUUUAAUGGCACCAGGUCACAUUUUACCAAUGGUGGACAUGGCCAAAUUAUUGGCUAGGCGCAAUGUUAAGGUAACCAUAAUAACCACACCCCUUAAUGCACUUCAAUUCAAAGCUAGCUUGGAUAGAGAGGUUCAUCAAAAUACUUCAAAAAUCCAAAUACUUGUUGUGAAAUUUCCAAAUUCUGAAGCUGGAAUCCCUCAAGGUUGUGAAAGCUUAGACACAUUACCUUCAAUGGAUCUUAAGGAGAAUUUCUUCUUAGCAUUGAGCCUAAUGCAAAUGCCAAUUGAAGAUCUUAUUGAAAAAAGUCUUGACCCUUUUCCAAGUUGCUUAAUCUAUGACAAGAAUAUUCCAUGUGUAGCUGAAAUUGCAACAAAGUUUAAUGUCCCUAGAAUAAUAUUUGAUGGGACUAAUUGCUUCAAUCUUUUGUGCAACCACAAUUUGUAUGCUUCUAAGGUAUGUGACCAAUUUUCUGAUGAUGAUGAUCAAGUUACUGUUGUUCCUGGAUUGCCACAUAGGAUUGAGAUGAGAAAAUCACAGCUUCCAACAUUGUUCAACCCUGGCACAAACCAAAAUUUGAUUAAGGUAAGAGAGAAAAUUAGGGAAAGUGAAAAAGGAGCUUAUGGGGUUGUAGUGAAUAGUUUUGAAGAAUUGGAAUUAGAAUAUGUGAGAGAGUAUCAAAGGGUCAUAGGUUGUACUAAAGUUUGGUGUCUUGGUCCUGUUUCAUUGACAAAUAAGGAUGAUUUGGAUAAGGCUCAAAGAGGAAACAAGGAGUUUAGUAAUGAAAUUGAGAACAAAUAUGUGAAGUUUCUUGAUUCAUGGCCAAAAGGGUCUGUGAUUUAUGCUUGUUUAGGUAGCCUUAAUAGGGUUUCACCAAAGCAAUUGAUUGAGAUUGGUUUGGGAUUGGAAAUGACAAAAAGGCCCUUCAUUUGGGUGUUAAGAGGAGCAUAUAGGAAGGAUGAGAUGGAGAAAUGGCUAAGUGAAAAUGGGUUUGAAGAAAGGGUCAAAGAGAGAGGGAUUUUGAUUAAGGGUUGGGCCCCACAAAUCUUGAUCUUGUCACAUAGUUCAAUAGGUGCAUUUUUGACACAUUGUGGUUGGAACUCAACAUUAGAAGGGAUUUCUAGUGGUGUUCCUUUGAUCACAUUUCCAAUGUUUGCUGAUCAAUUCUACAAUGAGAAGCUUGUGGUGCAAGUUAUUGAGAUUGGGGUGAGGAUUGGUGUUGAAAAUGCUGUGCAUUUUGGUGAUGAAGAUGAAUUUGGUGAUGGUGUUCAAGUUACAAGGAAAAAGGUUGUGGAUGCUAUUGAGAAUGUGAUGGGAGAAGGUGAAGAGAAAGAGAAGAGAAGAGAAAGGGUUAAGGAGUAUGCUGAUUUGGCAAAUAAUGCAAUUGAAGAAAGUGGAUCUUCUUACAACAACUUGUCUCUUCUAAUUGAAGACAUCCUCAAUCAUGUGUCAAAGGUUUUAAUUAAUUAA